GAUGGUAGCCUACAUGAAGUAGCCUAGGUCAGCAUGAGGUGCAAUGCUUUUGUUUUCAUGGGAAAAUAAUGCUGUUCUGUCAUGUAGCCUACCUACGAUCAAUAUUUAAGCCCAUGAAGCAAUUUGACAAAAUUUUAGAACUUUCAUCAACAUCUAAAAUAAAGAUUUGCAUUGGGCUACAUGGUGUGUGGGCCACGUCGCUGAAUUUUAUUUUAUCAACAACGUUUUAUUAGCGUGUAUUAAUGCACGGUUAACUUUUGGGGUCGGGCGCAAAUUCAUUUAACAAGUUUAAUCCCUCGUAGGCUAAUACAUCACCCCCUGUUUUCCUCUCAAAUCUUCCUUGGCGUCGCGCCAGAUCCUACGCCCCCCUUACUUGAGAUGCUAGGCAAGCUGAGCCAUAGGAAACGUAGGGAGGGCGAGCGUUCUCGGGCUGAAGUAUUCUCCUGUCACUGAGAGAAGCCGCACUGUUUGUUUUAAACUGAGCUAAGACUAGCUCUAGAAAUGCAGUAAAUUCUAGGUAGAUGCGACACAGUGGCUGCGAAAGCGCACCGAUUUAUGGACCACGUCUGGAAUCUUUUUUUUAUAUAUAUGGUUUUGGUCACAUAGAACAGAUGUAUUUUAAUUUAGUUCGAUAAGUCUUUCUUUGUUGGCAUCGUCGAUGGAAGGAACUAAACUGGCAAUACCGUUAUUUGUACGUCUCAAUUAGUUUAUUGCAAAUAAAACAUUUUAAGACGGACGUGAGCUUCCUAAAAAGUGUUACAAUAGUUUGCAAAUCUUCGCGAAAAGUCGGCAAAUGACCUGAUGAUUCAAGGUUUACCGCCCUUUGUCUCAUAGGAUGGAGUGGUCUUUAAAAGGAUGCGCCACCCUGCUGUUUCUAGGCUCUUUGCUGGACCUCACAUGGCCCUUGAAUCCCGGUGACCCUAAUGUGUGCAGCCAAUGGGAGAGUUACACUACCUCAAUCAAGGAAUCAUAUGCCCGCCCAUACGACUGGCCAUCUGAGGAGUCCUGUUCUGAUGCUUGGAGUUUCUAUAAGUGCACCCGUCACAGGAUCACCUACAAGACGGCAUAUCGACAGGCUGUAAAGAUGGCCUACCGCAGGAGGUACCAGUGCUGUCCUGGCUAUUAUGAGAGCAGCAAUAAAUGUGUCCCCCGAUGUACGAAGGAGUGUGUCCACGGGCGAUGCCAGGCCCCGGACCGGUGCCAGUGUGAGGGCGGUUGGCACGGGGAAGACUGCUCCAGCGCCUGUGAUGAGGUGCACUGGGGCCCGGACUGCAAGCAGCUGUGUGCGUGUGAGAACGGGGGCCACUGCGACCCCCUCACGGGCUCCUGUCAGUGUCGCCGAGGAUAUACCGGCGCCCGCUGCGAGGACCCCUGUCCUCCUGGAACCUUCGGCAAGGGCUGUCUGCAAAAGUGCCUGUGUGGAACCGGUGGCUCUUGUGACCCAGAGACUGGGGAGUGUCGAUGCAGAGAAGGGUUCACUGGAACACUCUGUGACCAGCCCUGUUCCAGGGGACGCUGUCCCCACAGAUGCCCCUGUCAGAACGAAGGCCGUUGCCAAGGAGAGGGCGUGUGUGCCUGUCGACCUGGAUGGACGGGAAGGGUGUGUACAGAGCACUGUGCAGUGGGCCGCUUUGGGCUGAACUGCUCUCGGGAGUGUGUGUGUCACAAUGGUGGUCAGUGUGACCCGGAGACAGGACACUGCCAGUGUGCAGCAGGCUUCACAGGGGCCAGAUGCAGUGAGGAGUGUGCAGUGGGCAGCUAUGGCCAGGACUGCCAGGGUGUGUGCGACUGCGCCAAUGGAGCGCGCUGCUACAACAUCCACGGGGGCUGUCUGUGUGAACCGGGGUUCAAGGGCCCCCACUGCAGGGAGAGGAUGUGUCCAGAGGGGACGUACGGCAUGCGCUGCAACCAGCAGUGCCUGUGCCACAGCGCGCACACGCAGAGCUGUCACCCAAUGAAGGGGGAGUGCACCUGUCAUCCUGGGUGGGCGGGGCUCUACUGCAAUGAGACCUGCCCAUGGGGCUACUACGGCCAGGGUUGCCUAGAGACCUGCCUGUGUCUGAAUGGAGGUGUCUGUGACAGCGUGAGCGGGCGCUGCCAGUGUGCCCCGGGGUACAGGGGGGCGCACUGUGAGAUUCACUGUGAGAAAGGCUUCUUCGGUAAGAACUGCUCACAGUCCUGCACCUGUAUGAACUCCUUGGCCUGUUCCCCUAUCGACGGCACCUGCUUCUGCAAAGAGGGGUGGAAGGGCUUGGACUGCUCCAUUCCGUGCUCUGCUGGGACGUGGGGUCCGGGAUGCAACGGUACAUGCCAGUGUGCGAAUGGGGCUUCGUGUAACCCAGUGGAUGGAACCUGCACUUGUUCAGCGGGCUGGCAGGGGGCGCUGUGUGACCAAGCUUGUCCGACGGGCACCUACGGACCAGGCUGCUUGCAGAAGUGCGACUGCCUCCAUGCAGACAGCUGCCACAGAGCCAGCGGGCAGUGCCAGUGUUUACCAGGCUGGACUGGUGUCCGCUGUACCCAGCCUUGUCCAGAAGGCUUCUGGGGGCGCCAGUGCAACCAAAGCUGCUCCUGCCUAAACGGCGCCACCUGUCUGCGAGACAGUGGCAUUUGCGAGUGUCGUCCUGGAUACCAUGGUCCGCAGUGCCAGCACACAUGCCCGCUGGGACACCAUGGGAGGCAGUGUGCUGGGGUGUGUCACUGUGCCAACAACUCUACAUGCCAUCAUCAAGAUGGCUCCUGCCACUGUAACCCCGGCUGGACUGGGCCUGACUGCUCCCAGCGGUGCGCCCCAGGGACUUAUGGGUCUGGUUGCAGCCAGCGCUGCCUUUGCAAAGGUCUCUGUGAUCAUGUGACGGGGGCAUGUGUCUGCCCGUCAGGCUACACAGGCCACUUCUGCCAGUCCAAAUGCCGGGCCGGCCUGUUUGGGCCAGACUGUGCUCACAGCUGCUCCUGUCCCCCUAAUGCCAGCUGUGACCCGCACACUGGAGCGUGUGUGUGUGAGUCAGGGUGGGGACCUGACUGCAGAACAGAGGAUGGCAUAAGCGUGAUGGUGCCGAUGUCCCCGGUGGAGAAGGACUCGUGGGGGGCGAUCGGGGGGAUAAUCGUGCUGGUGGUUCUGGUGGUGCUGCUGCUGGGACUGCUUCUGCUCUACCGCCGGCGGCAGAAGGACAAGCAGAGCCGCACCCCCACCGUGGCCUUCUCCUCCACCCGCAUGGUCAACUCCCAGUACGCCCUGCCAGAUGUUCCUCUCAACUACCACCACUUCUACUCCAACCCCAGCUACCACACCCUGUCCCAGAACAGACCUCCUCUUCCCCACGUCCCCAACAACCAGGGCCACUCUGUCACCCACGUUAAGAACACGAAUAAUCAGCUCCUCUGUAAUGUGAAGAACAUGGAGAGGGAGAGGCUGGGGCUGUUUGGGGUGGAGAGCAAUGCCUCGCUGCCCGCUGACUGGAAGCACCACGAGACCCCGCCCCGUAAAGACAUGGGAGCAUUCGGAAUCGACCGCAGUUAUAGCUACAGUGCCAGCCUGGGCAAAUAUUACGACAAAGAACUGUCCAAGGACUCAUGCAUGGCUGUGAGCAGCAGCUCCCUGAACAGUGAGAACCCCUACGCCACCAUCAAGGACCUGCCCAUUCCUCAGCCCCGCCCCCUGGAGAGCAGCUACAUGGAGAUGAAGUCGCCCAUCCAGCGCGAGAGGUCAUAUGUGGAAAUCAGGUCGCCGCCCCUACACCCUGCCUCCACGGUUAUGGAACGCUGUACCUUGGGAAAUGUCACUGAGCAGGAGCCCCAGAAUCACUACGACCUCCCUGUCAACAGCCACAUCCCUGGCCACUAUGACCUCCCUCCCGUUCGCCGCCCGCCCUCCCCCACACCCAGGAGACCCCCCCACUGACAGUCCUCUCCCUUGACCAGUGGCCUUCAAAUUCCGCCCAGUGGGUCCCACUGUGGGUGCUAGUUUUCCUUCUUACUGCAAUUGCAACUCAUAAUAGUAAUAGAGCCGUUAAUUGUUCUUAAUUAGGCAAUUAAUGUCUACUGAAGGUUUAUUUACCAUCUUUAGGUCACAUUAUGUGAGAAAUAGCUGUUUGCCAUGAAGAAUAAAUAUUUAUUCAAUUGUAUGGACAUUUAAUCAAUCAGAUCAAUUCAUGCUCUAAUUUUUUGUAAUAUGCUGUUAUUGCACCAUUACUGAAUAGAUACAAUUGUAGACUCACAGGGGAAAUCGUUCCUGAAAGAAUGGUCUUCUGGUCAUUUAAACUAAACCUUUUGUGAAAAAUGAAGGGUUAAAUAACAAGCCAUGCCUACAUUAUGUUGGUAGACACUGUGUAAGAACAAGUAGUUAAGAACAGUCAACAGCUCAUUACUGUUCAGGGUUGUAAUUAUGGUAGGAAGGAAAACCAGCAUACACAUUGGGUCCCCAGGACUGUGCUUGAAACCUACUGCCUUAGACCACUAGCAUAUGCUUAACUAAAAAGGAUCAGGAAGCCAAAAACUGUGGGAUUCUCUGAUAGCGCAACACUGCCACCUGGUGGAUGGAUUUCAGCCAUCAGUUGACAAAAACCUUGGAUCCAGAGAGGGCCAAGUGCAUUUAACAUGGAUUUGGGACAUACAGUGGUAUAUACAAACCGAAUUCAGUCAUCCAAUCAAUAUUUCUCUUUGACUUUGGGUCACAUUUACUCCUUAAAUUACCUUGCCAAAAAGUGUUUGUGAAGAAAAAAGAACACCUGAAUUUACUUGUAAAUAAGAUAUAGGGCAACUGUUCCAAGCCAAAAAAUGUUAUGUAUAGUUUACUUGUAAUUGAGGCAUGGACUCCUCUUGGCAUUUCAGUUGAAAUCAUACAGUGGGUUUGUAACCUUACAGAGCACAGUCAUGUUAAAUCAACUGAAAAAGUACUUUGGUCACAUUUAAACUCAUAUUAACUUUUCAAGUUGAAUUAACACAAUAUUUUAUUGUAUGGUUUCAUAUCACUUUAAACAGUUAAGUCCCUGGUAUGCUGUAGGUCCCAUAUUUUUUCAGGACACCUACACAACCUAAAGAAGGACAUAUUUUCAGAGCCUUAUUUGUGGAGCAGUGGGCAAAGUUUUGCUCUUCUUUCAGCUGUACCCUUGGUCAGAAUGUUAUUUGCUGAAUGUAACCAGCCCUUUCCUUGUAAAUAAUGUAUAUAAAAUGUUUGAAUUCUUUCAUUUGUAGAUGUUGUUUCGGUACACAAAUUCAUAAGAUGCAAAAAGAUAUCACAGCAAAUAGCCACAUCCUGUAAGUGUUUGAUUAAAUACAAGCUGUUUGAUUUGUGAGAAAAAGCAUUUAUUCAUUCUUUUUUGUUUUCCAUUCAAUGCAAUGUAUGAAACAAAGGAAGCAUUUAAGCAGUUACUUCAGACAAAACAUGUCAAUCAGUACAUUUGUCUUUGGUUAAUUUUAUGGAAAGAACAACUUCUGUCUAACAGUGGAACUGGUACCAUUUUUAGAAAUAUGAAGUGAAUAUACAGUACUAGUAAAUCUUGAACUCUUCAGUGCAAGCACUGUAGAACUUCUACAGAUGCUCUCUUAGGCUUUUAUCAACUAAAUUGAAAUGAUUCCAUAUUGUACUUUAAAAUUUGGGAGCUAACAGUGAAGCACCACAGCCACAUGACAUUUUAAAAUUGAUAUUAAAAUAAAUAUGGUGACACACAUUUCAGUUGAUUAUAAUCCUUCAAUUUGUAAAACUGGCUGUUGUUAAUGAAAUUUGCCUCGACAAAGAAGCAUCACCUCAAGUAAUCAGGAAAAAAAUAUAUUUUUGAAAAAAACAAUUGUGUGCGUUUUUCUUAAACAGGUUUUUUUCAUUCCAUUCUGGCCCAAACUCAAGAUAACAUUGUGUGUGGAAAUUUGUGUGAAAUACUCUUUGUUUACGGGCGAAGGUACACUUUUGGCCCAUCAUAAAGAGCCACAAAACAGUUCUAUCAGACUGAAAUGGAGUUUUAGUUUGUGAUGGAAUGAUAUUCUAAUUCAUUUUCUGUAUGAAUAUAUAACUGUGUCUCGCUAAGAAGACUUGAAUAUGCCAAAGACUUGCAAAACAUGGCUAGUCCUUGAAUCAAUAUGUAAUGUUACCUCCACAUUUCAAAUGUACCUGGUGCUAUUGGUUUUACAGAAGCUCUCUUUGGGAUAUAUUAUGAUCCUUUUCUGAAAUUCUGAUAUUGUCAUGUAAAAUGUUAAAUUGCAAAUAAUGUUGGAAAGAAACACACAAUGGGGACUUAAAUAUUGUGUUUGAUUUGUAUUAUGCUAAAACAAUGACUCUUUAUGUUUGGCCAAAUCCUCAAAAGUUGAAUGUGACUUCAGCUGUUAGCAUAUUAAGGUAAUACAAGUGAAACAAAAAUGAAUCAAGAGCAUAAGGCCAAAGUAAUAUUUUCAGAAGCUAUUUGCCAUUGAGCUACUUGCAUAUGCAAUUAAAGAGGCGUAUAAAUAUUUUUUCUAAAU